CAAAUUUAUUUUGGAUCUGUAUUACCACCUUUAAUCAAAAUCUAAAUGUUCCCAGUCUAAAUUGUGAAACCCUCACAUAUGCAUAAUUCAAGUUCACUUUUCAAACUGCUUGCCUGAUUUGGGGAUUUUUAGUUUAAAUUCUGAUUUUUUUUUUAGGUUUUUAAAAUUACGUAUCUGUAAAAUAAUAUGGUGGAUUAAAUGUCUCUCAUUCUCUGUUCUGUCUUUCCUGUGUACUGUUUUCAGUUUAGUUUAGCAGUUAACACCAUUCCUAGUACAGUUGAAGUUAAAAGGAUUGUUAGUGUCUACAGAUUAUCUGAAAUCCAGAAUAGUGUGGAUUAAGAGGGGUGGAGAUUUCAUUUUAAGUUAUUUUGGAAAGCAAAACUUUACCUAAGUAAUGUAUAUUUUAUGUCUAAACAGUAGGGGUUUGUUUACAAGUAAAUACAACCAAAUGGAUAUUAAGAAGCAGCUCAAAAUUACUUUGACAGUCUUCUUAUCAAUAUCUGAAGAAAUUGCAGAUGUGAUAUUGAUAUGUAAAAAAUAAUCUUAGAGGUUAUUAUAUUAGAGAUAAUGGAUGCAAAUUUCUGGGGUUUUUAAAUAUCUUUGACUGCAGCAAUGAGAUGUAUUAAGCCACUCUGAGUAAGUGAGCCGUAGUUGCAGCUGACAACUCAACUAAUAAUCUUUCUAUUUCAGAAUAUUUGGUAACAUGUAUUUACAAUUUUGCUCAUAGCUCUCUCUCUGAGGGCCAGAUUCUGCUGUCCUUACUCAUGUCAAAUACUUUAUUACGUUGAACGUAAUCUCAUUGAUUCAAUGUGGAGAAUGAUGGCAAAACCUGAUGACAGUGACUAAAAGCAACAGUUGCUUCUUUCAGUCUGACAGCUGCAAGAACAACUCUUUUUCCAGACCAUCCAUCCUAAAUUCCGACCUGUAAGAGUAUGUACCUAUAUUUAGCUAGCGAGAUUAAAUUGCAGAGGCUUCAGGCAGGGCAAAGCACAUUGGUCUGCCUUUUUUACAGGCAGACCUUUGGGCAGACAACAGCUAAAGCUUUCUGCUCCCUCCCCUUUCCCAAGUAUUUGCAAAAUGGAUUCCCAAAGGGAACUCACUGAAGAGCUCAGACUUUACCAAUCCACCCUUCUCCAGGAUGGCCUCAAGGAACUUCUCGAGGAGAAAAAGUUUGUAGAUUGCUCUCUAAAAGCUGGUGACAGAAGCCUGCCUUGCCACAGGUUGAUUCUGUCGGCAUGUAGCCCUUAUUUUCGUGAGUAUUUCUUAUCUGAGCAAAAUGAAGAGAAAAAGAAGGAGGUAGUUCUAGAUAAUGUUGACCCCAACAUCCUGGAUAUGAUUGUCAAAUACCUUUAUUCAGCAAGUAUUGAUCUUAACGAUUCCAACGUGCAGGACAUUUUUGCUUUGGCCAGUCGCUUUCAGAUCCCUUCUGUAUUCACUGUGUGCGUCUCUUACCUUCAGAAGAGGCUUGCUGUUGGUAACUGUCUGGCCAUCCUCCGGUUAGGUGUUCUGCUCGAUUGCCCAAGGCUUGCAUUUUCUGCCCGUGAUUUUGUUUCAGAUCAUUUUGUGCAGAUCUGCAAAGAAGAGGAUUUCAUGCAGCUUGCCCCGCAUGAACUUAUCUCAGUUAUUUCACCUGACAGCCUAAAUGUAGAAAAGGAAGAACUGGUAUUUGAAGCAGUAAUGAGAUGGGUCCGAACAGACAAAGAGAACAGAGUAAAGAGCCUGGGGGAAAUUUUUGACUGCAUACGUUUUCGUCUUAUGCCAGAAAAAUACUUCAAAGAACAUGUUGAGAAGGAUGAUAUAAUUAAAAGCAACUCAGACCUUCAGAAAAAAGUAAAGAUCAUUAAGGAUGCUUUUGCUGGGAAACUGCCUGACUCUAGCAAAAGUACAGAAAAGUCAACCAAAGGGGAGGUGAACGGCGAUGUAGGAGAUGAAGAUUUACUGCCUGGCUACCUAAAUGACCUUCCCAGGCAUGGCAUGUUUGUCAAAGACCUAAUUCUUCUGGUUAAUGACACUGCUGCAGUAGCUUAUGAUCCUCUUGAGAACGAGUGCUACCUAGCAGCCCUGGCAGAACAGAUUCCCAGAAAUCAUUCCAGUAUAGUCACCAAACAAAAUCAGGUCUACGUUGUUGGAGGACUGUAUGUGGAAGAGGAGAACAAGGAUCAGCCUUUCCAGUCAUACUUCUUCCAGCUGGACAGCAUUGCCGGCGAGUGGGUUGCCCUUCCUCCUCUGCCAUCAGCCAGGUGUCUCUUCGGGCUGGGAGAGUCGGAAAACAAGAUCUAUGUAAUUGCAGGCAAGGACCUUCGCACGGAGGAGUCUCUAGAUUCAGUAUUGUGCUACGAUCCUGUAGCAAUGAAAUGGGGCGAGAUCAAAAAACUACCUAUCAAAGUAUACGGCCACGCUACUAUCUCAAACAACGGAUUAAUAUAUUGUCUUGGCGGAAAAACAGAUGAUAAGAAGUGCACUAAUAGAUUAUUUGUGUACAAUCCCAAGAAAGGAGAUUGGAGAGACCUGGCUCCAAUGAAAGUGGCUCGCUCAAUGUUUGGAACGGCUGUCCAUAAGGGCAAGAUUGUCAUUGCAGGUGGUGUCACUGAAGAGGGCCUUACUGCAUCAGUUGAAGCUUUCGAUCUGACUACCAAUAAGUGGGAGGUUAUGCCUGAAUUUCCCCAAGAGAGAAGUUCCAUCAGUUUAGUCACCUUAAGCGGAGCCUUGUAUGCUAUUGGAGGCUUUGCAAUGAUACAGCUUGAAUCUAAAGAAUUUGCACCCAGUGAAGUCACUGACAUAUGGAAGUAUGAUGACGAAAAGAAGGAAUGGAUUGGCAUACUGAAAGAGAUCCGAUAUGCUACUGGAGCCUCCUGCCUGGCUACACGCUUAAACCUCUUCAAGUUAUCAAAACUGUAAACAAAAUGCUGGAAAAUGUGAUAUGGCGAGGGAGUUUUGACAGGCUCUUCUGGUUUUGUUGCAUGAAAAUGUCCCCACAUUGUACAGUUUUGUAGCAGCAUAUUAGUUACGCUGUUAACUGUUAAACAGUUCAUCCGUGUGUCCAAGUCUUAAGAUAUUUAGUAGCUAACCAACAACAACAGAAUUUUUGCCAGUGUUUAAAAUCCUGAAGAAUUCUAAUUAACAUCAGUUAGAAUAAAUGAAGAUUUCAGAGAGAACUCCCAUUUUCCGCUCUGUGAAAUUGCCAACAAAAGGAGUUGUACUUCCUUACGCUCAGACAGUCCAGGAUACUGGUGGCUUAUCCUCCAAUCAAUGCCCAUAAAUUGAUUGUUAAGUUAAAUACAAUUAGAAGGUGGGUAAUUUUAUUCUAACCGGCUGUUUGUAUGCCUGAUUCCUCCUUUAGCAGGGUAUGUAAAUCCCGCAUUCUUCAGUCGUAUCUUGAAAAUAUUUUCAUUAGAGCCUCGUAAAAAUAACUUAGCCUGGGCCUGGAGUCCAUAUUGAAAACCAACGUAGCCUAUGAAGUGCUGGGUUCGGGCAAAGCUGUUCUAGUAUCCAGACAUGAGGGAUGAGAGAAGUUCACAAGAUUAAUAUAGCUCUACUGUUUCACCUGAUACAUUUAGGCUUCUGGUAGAAAGGAUUUUCCACUUUUUUUAUGCUUUUAUAUUUAUUUCCAAAGCAAAUAUUUUAUGGAAGUUUUUCUCAGAGAUCU